CAAUGUGUCAAAGUUGGGUUUGUUAAUUGUUUCUCAUUCUCUAAAUAUUUACAAUUUCUUUGUGUUGUUGGGAUCCAAGUUAAAUAAUACCUAGAAAAAUGGCUAUGCGAGAUUAUACUGCUGAUAAAGAGUCCUUUAAAAACUUCUUUAUCGACUUUUGUCAAACCGAUGAUGAGGGCAACAAGUUUUAUAAAUACUCUGAGCAGCUGACUAAAGUAGCACAUAGGGAGCAGAUAGCAUUUGUGGUUGAUUUGGAUGAUUUACAUGAAAUGAAUGAAGAGCUUUGCGACGCUGUAAUCAAAAAUACUAGGCGUUACACAAAUAUGGUUUCUGAUGUAGUUUAUGACAUGCUACCAGAUUAUAAACAAAGAGAGGUUGAAGCCAAAGAUUCUCUGGAUGUGUAUAUAGAGCACAGAAUAAUGUUAGAAUCCAGAAACCACAGAAUCCCUGGUGAAAUGAGGGAUCCCAGAAAUAGAUACCCACCAGAGCUAAUAAGACGAUUUGAAGUAUACUUCAAGGAUUUAUCUACAUCAAAAUCAGUACCAAUCAGAGAAGUGAAAGCUGAACAUAUUGGCAAAUUAGUCACUGUAAGAGGUAUUGUCACAAGAUGCACAGACGUGAAGCCUCUUCUCAUAGUAGCAACAUACUCAUGCAGUGCCUGUGGUGCGGAGACGUACCAGCCAGUACGAGCACUGCAGUUCACUCCACCACCAGCAUGUACUGCUGAUGAGUGUCGUCUGAACAAGACCGCUGGACAACUACACUUACAGACUAGGGGAUCUAGGUUCCAGAAGUUUCAGGAAUUGAAAAUUCAAGAACAUUCAGACCAAGUACCAGUAGGCCACAUACCUCGUCAACUAUCCGUCUACUGUCGUGGCGAAACAACCCGCCGCGCACAGCCCGGUGACCAUGUAGCGGUGACUGGUAUAUUCCUGCCGUUACUGAAUGCAGGCUUCAGACAGAUGGUGCAAGGAUUGCUGUCUGAUACUUACUUGGAAGCUCAUUCCGUUUCAUGCUUAAACCAAAGUGAUGAGAGUGAGCUAGCGGAAGCUCUGACUGAAGAAGAAUUAGCAGAGUUAGCAGAAGAUGAUUUGUACUCUCGUAUGGCGAGGAGUCUGGCGCCUGAGAUAUAUGGACAUGAAGAUGUUAAGAAAGCAUUGUUGUUGCUUCUAGUGGGAGGGGUGGACAGACGUCCAAACGGCAUGAAGAUCCGUGGCAACAUAAACAUCUGCCUGAUGGGCGACCCCGGGGUGGCGAAGUCCCAGCUCCUCAAUUACAUAGACAGGCUGGCGCCGCGCUCGCAGUACACCACGGGCCGGGGCUCCUCCGGUGUGGGGCUUACGGCUGCUGUUAUGAAGGAUCCAUUCACAGGCGAGAUGAUGUUAGAAGGUGGUGCUUUAGUGCUCGCAGAUCAGGGCGUGUGUUGUAUUGACGAGUUCGACAAGAUGGCGGAGACUGACCGUACAGCCAUACACGAGGUUAUGGAACAACAAACUAUCAGUAUUGCCAAGGCGGGUAUUAUGACGUGCCUGAACGCGCGCGUGUCAAUAUUAGCGGCAGCGAACCCGGCGUACGGGCGCUACAACCCCAAGCGCACCAUCGAGCAGAACAUACAGCUGCCCGCCGCGCUGCUCUCGCGCUUCGACCUGCUCUGGCUCAUACAGGACAAGCCCAACAGGGACAAGGACUUGGAACUAGCGAAGCACAUAGCAUACGUGCACCAGCACUCGUCGCAGCCGCCGACCGCGGUGCGCGCGCUGAGCAUGCGGCUCGUGCGCCGCUACGUGGCUCUCACACGCCGCAAGCAGCCCGCCGUGCCUACACACCUGUCUGAUUAUAUCGUUUCGUCAUACGUAGAGCUGCGUCGUGAGGCCCGCAACAGCCGCGACGUGACGUUCACUUCAGCAAGGAACCUGCUCGCCGUGUUGCGGCUCUCCACUGCACUCGCAAGACUUAGGUUGUCUGAUGUGGUCGAAAAGGAAGAUGUAUCUGAAGCAAUUCGUCUCGUGGAUAUGUCGAAGCAGUCGCUGCAACACGUCGAAGAAAAUGUGCAAAGGGGUAUAAGCGCAACGGACAGAAUCUUCGCGGUGGUGCGCGAGCUGGCCGGCGGAGCCAGCACGGUGAAGGUCGCUGACGUCAUCGAGCGCUGUGUGGACAAGGGCUUUAAACCCGAUCAGGUGGAUGCGUGCAUCGAAGAAUAUGAAAAUUUGAAUGUAUGGCAAGUGAACCAAGUGCGGACCAAAAUUACGUUUAUGUAACCUUAGAAUUAAGAUCUGUUUUGCCUAUUUAGUUAUAAGUUUUGUGAUUGAUCAAUAAAUGUUUUUGAUGAAUACAAUUGUUGUUUAAUUUCA